AAGGUAAGGACAAUUGGGCGACGUGGACGCACUGUAAGCCCGUCAACAGAUUUUCUUGAUAUCUCUUAAUCUCUUUACUUCCACAACACAAAACGUCACUGAUCCUUUCUCUCAUCCUCAGACGCAGCAAAGCAGCACAACACACAAAAUGGCUCAAACCAUGAUGCUUACUUCCGGCGUCUCUGCUAACCAAUUCUUGAGGAACAAGAACCCUUUGGCUCAGCCCAAAGUUCACCAUCUCUUCCUCUCCGGAAACUCUCCGGUUGUUAUACCAUCUCGAAGACAAUCACUCGUUCCUCUCGCUCUCUUCAAACCCAAAACCAAAGCUGCUCCCAAAAAGGUUGAGAAGGUGAAGCCAAAGGUUGAGGAUGGUAUCUUCGGAACUUCGGGUGGGAUAGGUUUCACAAAAGCUAACGAACUCUUUGUGGGUCGUGUCGCUAUGAUCGGUUUCGCUGCAUCUUUGCUGGGUGAGGCGGUGACAGGGAAAGGUAUAUUAGCACAGCUGAAUUUGGAAACAGGGAUACCGAUUUAUGAAGCAGAGCCAUUGCUUCUCUUCUUCAUAUUGUUCACUCUGUUGGGUGCUAUUGGAGCUCUUGGAGACAGAGGAAAAUUCGUCGACGAUCCUCCAACUCCAACCGGGCUCGAGAAAGCCGUCAUUGCUCCCGGCAAAAACGUCCGUUCUGCCCUUGGUCUCAAAGAACAAGGUCCUUUGUUUGGGUUCACCAAGGCAAACGAAUUAUUCGUUGGAAGAUUGGCACAGUUGGGAAUAGCAUUUUCAUUGAUAGGAGAGAUUAUAACCGGAAAAGGAGCAUUGGCUCAACUCAACAUUGAGACCGGUAUACCAAUUCAAGAUAUCGAACCACUUGUCCUCUUAAACGUUGCUUUCUUCUUCUUUGCUGCUAUUAAUCCUGGUAAUGGAAAAUUCAUCACUGACGAUGGUGAAGAUAUGUAAACUCUUUAUGUACCUAAAGUAAGUAGAGUGGGAGACUAUCUUCAUGUUGAGACAGGAGGAAAUGGACUGCUUAAACUCUUGUAAUACUUUAAUCCUUGUUGCUUUGACUUGGGAAUUUUCUGAUUAUAUAUAGUUUCUCCUUAGUUUCCCUAAGGUAUUUGAUAUUA